UUUCAACAUUCAUCUACACCACGCCUCUCUCUCUCUCCUCUCUCUUCUCUCUCUCUCUCUCUCUCUCUCACUCUUCUUCACUCUCUCUCUCUCAAGAGGAUAAUUACAUGAGAUAAGGUACAUUUGGCAUUACCCUGAUUUUCUUACCACUGAAUGUUCAAGAAGCUUUUGGCACAUAAUUUGCUGGAGUUUUGAUUUCUUUCCUAGCAGAAGUUAUUAGAAGGAUCCCAUUUCCUGUUGUAGCUAUGGCCACUAAUGAAAAUCUUCCACCAAAUGUGAUAAAGCAACUUGCAAAGGAAUUGAAGAGUCUUGAUGAAUCACCCCCAGAGGGCAUUAAAGUUGGAGUAAAUGAUGAUGAUUUUUCAACGAUAUAUGCUGAUGUUGAAGGCCCAGCUGGAACUCCAUAUGAAAAUGGUGUUUUCCGCAUGAAGUUGUUAUUGUCUCAUGACUUCCCCCACUCUCCUCCUAAAGGUUAUUUCAUGACUAAGAUUUUCCAUCCGAACAUUGCAACAAAUGGUGAAAUUUGUGUCAAUACGCUUAAAAAGGAUUGGAAUCCAAGUCUCGGAUUACGACAUGUUCUCAUUGUGGUCCGGUGUUUAUUGAUUGAGCCAUUUCCAGAAUCAGCUUUGAAUGAACAGGCUGGUAAGAUGCUUCUAGAAAAUUAUGAGGAGUAUGCCAGACAUGCCAGGAUUUACACCGGGAUUCAUGCAAAGCCAAAACCAAAGUUUAAGUCGGGAGCUAUUUCAGAGUCAACUACAGCAUUGAAUGUGGACCAGAGCAACACCUCGGUUCAUAAUGUUGAUCAGAAGAACAUGACAACAGGUGGUGCAUUGCCAUUGCCAUCACCAACACCAUCACCUUUGGCCCCUGCAACAGCUACCAGAGGAAAUAAUCAGGACCAGCCGGCUGCUGCAGUUCCUGUAUCCGAUAUAGGGAACAGUGGUUCUGCUGCAGCAACACCAGCUGUACAGAAGAAAGAAGGUGGUGGGUUGACAAAAGUGCAGGCAGACAAGAAGAAAAUAGAUGCCAGAAAGAAAAGUUUGAAGAGAUUAUAGUGUUAUAGGUGAAGUUUGUGUUAUUGGUGGAGGCAUGCAUAAUGGAACAGUCGAGAAGAAUUGGAGUUGUGUGUGGUGUAAUGGAUACUUCCAUUAGGAAAAAAGUGAUGGAUCAAAUUCAGCUGUUCUCCUUAUUUUUCAUUCAUGCCUUCUAACAUUUUUCCUUUGUACUGACUUUUCUUCUUUUUAUUUAAAGAAAAUUCAAUUGUGAAGAAUUUACAGAAUAUUAAUAUCGUGUGGUUCAUAAUUUAA